AUGGUCUCAUUAUCUCUCCGGGAAGCGUGCGGCCAUCCAGACUCCUUGUUUGCGCUUCCGCAAGAUGACCUCUUACGCAUGGUCUAUCAAGAAUUUAAAAAUGACCUCGACCGACUCAAACGAGCAUAUUCCAUUCGAUCUUGUCAGCAAGUAGCUUUCACUACGGAGUCGCCCUCAUACAUACUGUACCAAGCAGAUUAUGACGAGGUUAACCGAACCUUAGUGGGGUUUCUUGCUCUGCGCUGGAUUCACCGCGGAGAAUACGAGAAUUUUGUCGGCUCACAGCCACCACAUGUUCGAUUAAACAGAGAAUCAUUCGACUGGAUACGGAAAUUCUAUAGCGAAGUCAUUGUGGACGCCGAUGCACUCUAUACUUUGAUUACAUCCAUCGUCAUUAAUGAUCUAGGCAAAGACCCACAACUUGCAUCUGACUACCAAAAUAUUACUGGUAUAGACAUUACAGAACUGAAUCACGACGAGAUUCUGCGCAAGGCUGUCACAGUCGGACUAGUUCAGUCAUUGGAAAAUUUGCCAGCUCAAUACAAUGACGAUGUCGUCCGUGGCAUCGAGCUCGGGGCAACCUUCAAUUUUGGACAGCUGGCCCAGGCCGAAAAUGUCCCUGCUUGUUUAUCUGGUCUGCUUUUGAUGAAAGAUAGCGCUCGCUGUUUUCGGCUUUGCUUCAUGGAGCAACUUCUGGAUAUUUCUGGGGCUGCGGGACAUAUGGAUUGUACCUGCGCGAAGAAACUUAUUCAGCCCAUAUUUGACUCUUAUCGGAACGUCUAUGAUGCGUGCCAGAGUGUUAUUGCUGGUGUCUCUGAUCUGAGGCAGGGUUAUGACUUGAUUCUUUCCAGAAGAGCACAGUUACUGUAUGGAAAGGGAUUCCCGUUGUUACAUGUCGACAACUUACAUCACCGCGCAUUGUUGCGACUUUGCUGCAUGGGCAAUGUUGCGACCCGUGAUAAAGCGAACAUGUUCAAAGAGAUAUGGGGCUCGCUGGAGGCUUCGGUUAGAGAUAAGCUGGUAUAUGCACUUAACCUUGAUGGUGAGAGUGGCGAACCUGCGGUCCAACCGACUUAUAUGCCUGCUUUUCUUAGCCGGAUCGAAGACAAGAAAUCAUUGACAUGCGCUUGGCGAUACCUUGCGCGUGUUAUGACCCUAGAAGAGUCUAUAGAUUCAUCAGUGCUGGUCGUUGAGCGAAGCAUUUUGUGGGUUAUGAAAGAGUAUGUCGAGACAGGAGAGUUUGAUAAAGAUCCUACUAUCUUAGAGGGCAUCGAUGUACCUGAAGCAGUUGUUGCAGUAACAACAGUAAUUGAUUAA